AUGUUAUGGGCACCAUCUAGAUACUUGUUGGACGCUGUACAUCUCUUACAACUGCCACCAUUUUGGAAGAAGAAUCUACAAACACACGAAGUUACAAUCAUGGUGAACAUACUUAAAUCAACAUGUUCGGCAUACAUAUACACAUCAAUGAUGUUUGCGUUAUUAACAUUGGCAAGACCCGCAGUUGCAGCGACAUUAGCAAACCGCUCCAAGGAUUAUGAGUGGCUUCAAGACAAGAAGGCAGUGGCGGAGAGAUACGCAGAAACCGCGAACAAACCCUAUGCAAUAGUCCACCACAUCAACGAUGAAGGGGUCACCACUCCAGUGACGCUCUUGAACGGUCCUUGGCUACAGAGCAUAGUAAAUGGAGAAGACAAGAAUGCGUCGAACAUAACAGCUAGGGGAGCGCAAGGAAGAUUCGAUUUAUCGAAUGCUGUCAUUGUUUUCCCAGAAGGUUCAAAUGGUACUUUAGCAAAACGGGAUGACUGGAAAUUCGAUCAGUCACUCAACAUACUAGGGCUACAGUUGGCAUACAACGCUUUCGACACAUGGUUAGGUAGCGGUACAGGCUCUGCAUCAAGGACUGAUUCAGAGAACAAACGGAAACGGACAACAUGGUACAUGUACUACACUAUGCAAGUGGCCAACGAAUACGACAAUCAAUGGCCCAGCACCACAGACGUACAAGGCGUUUUUUGGGAAAUGAUGGUAUUUCAAGAUAAGAACAACCUCAAGAAUUAUGCUGUGUCAGCAGUACAAGGGCAAGCACAUUCUUUCGAAUUCGAUACGGGCAGAGUAGUAGUAGACACUCCGUUCUGCCUUUGGCCUAGCGGAGGAAGCUGCAAUACCCCUGGUUACCCUUGGGCUAUAGGUUCAGACUUAAGAAUUGAUACAACCCACGAUGACGGGAAGCAACGAAUAUGCUACGGCCAACCAUUGUUUGAUAAAGAUAAAGGAGAACUCGCUUAUGAAGAGAUCAACUAUUAA